AUGCUUCCUCAAAACUUGAGGCCUUAUGUUAGCAAUUUGAAGAAACACACCAAAGUUUCCAGCAAUGUUUCAAAGGGUAGUCCUGCACAAGUUACAAAAAUAACGAACCAGUAUCAUGCUUUCGACCAAAUCAGAUUUAUUUUUUACAAUUACCAACAAAACGAAGAAAAAAGAAAGCAAAAGGAAGUUGAGAAGACAGAUGAAAAGAGUACAAAGAAGUUGCGAUCUUAUCUAAGACGAAAGAACGUAGAGGAUGAGCCAGUCUUUGCAGCGAUUAACGUAACAGUUAUAUAA